ACUUAUCUCAACCCUCUCUCUGUUUGGCUUACCUCUCUCUCAUUCAUCCCGCCGUAACCUAGCGGCGAUCUAGCCGUUCUCUGGUCGGAUCUCCGACUAAUCUAUCCAUACCUAUUAUCCUUCCCUCUCCUCUCUCUCUAGCUACCUGUAACCAUUUCAAAAACAAAACAAAAAACAAGCAUCUACAAAAAAGCGAAAAAAUUUCUAGGGUUUCUGCGGUGUGUUUUGUUGUAAGUUGAAUUUUUAUCUGAGUUUCCCUUCUAUCUAUCUAUUAAGAUUUGAAAUAAGAAGGGGGAGAGGGAAGUUACAAAAGCAAAAAAAAGAGAAAAAUACCUGGAAAAGAGAAAAUUUUUGCUAGGGUUUUGAGAUGGCGGCGCAAGUUCUUCAACCUCAACCGGUGAACGGUGGUGCUGCAUCUGGCGGCAACGCUCAGCAGUUUGUCCCAACGUCGUUGUAUGUCGGUGAUUUGGAGAUGAACGUCACCGAUUCGCAACUGUUUGAGCUGUUUAGCCAGCUAGGUCAGGUGGUUUCGGUUCGAGUUUGCAGGGAUUUGUCUACUCGACGAUCUCUUGGCUAUGGCUAUGUCAACUAUGUGAACCCACAGGAUGCUGCAAGGGCGAUAGAGGUGCUGAACUUCACACCUCUCAAUGGAAAGGCUGUUAGGAUAAUGUAUUCCCAUCGUGAUCCCAGUGUACGCAAGAGUGGAUCUGGGAAUAUAUUUAUCAAGAAUUUGGACAAGGCAAUUGACCAAAAAGCACUUCAUGACACCUUCUCUACAUUUGGCAACAUCCUUUCUUGCAAGAUUGCUACUGACAUGACUGGUCAAUCAAAGGGCUAUGGAUUUGUGCAGUAUGACACUGAGGAAGCUGCACAACAAGCCAUUGAGAAGCUGAAUGGCAUGCUUCUGAAUGACAAGCAAGUGUUUGUAGGCCCCUUCCUACGUAAGCAAGAAAGAGAAUUGGCUGUUGACAAGAGCAAAUUCACUAAUGUCUUUGUUAAGAACCUGUCUGAAUCAACAACAGAUGAUGACUUAAACAAAGCAUUCAGUGAAUACGGAACAAUCACAAGUGCAGUUGUGAUGAGGGAUGCAGAAGGCAACUCCAAAUGCUUUGGUUUUGUCAACUUUGAAAAUGCUGAAGAUGCUGCAAAAGCUGUAGAUGGUCUUAAUGGACAGAAGUUUGAUGAUAAAGAAUGGUAUGUUGGAAAAGCCCAGAAAAAGAAUGAAAGAGAACAGGAACUGAAACAACGAUUUGAACAGACAAUGAAGGAAGCUGUUGACAAAUCACAAGGGCUGAAUCUUUAUAUCAAGAAUCUUGAUGAUACCAUUUCUGAUGAAAGCCUCAAGGAGUUCUUUACUCCUUUUGGUACUAUAACUUCUUGCAAGGUUAUGCGUGAUCCUAAUGGAACUAGCAAAGGAUCAGGCUUUGUUGCAUUUUCCACUUCUGAGGAAGCUUCUAGAGCUCUGACUGAGAUGAAUGGGAAGAUGAUUGCUAGCAAGCCUCUUUAUGUUGCACUUGCUCAACGCAAAGAAGACAGAAGGGCAAGAUUGCAGCAGGCACAGUUUUCACAGAUGAGACCUAUUGCAAUGGCACCUGCUCCUGGUGGUCCCCGCAUGCCAAUGUACCCUCCUGGUGGUCCUGGUCUUGGUCAACAAAUGUUUUAUGGUCAAGCUCAGCCUACCUUCAUUCCUCCCCAACCUGGUUUUGGGUAUCAACAGCAACUUGUUCCAGGGAUGAGGCCAGGAGGGGGCCCAAUGCCGAACUUCUUCAUGCCAAUGGUUCCGCCAGGUCAGCAAGGACAGCGUCCAGGUGGCAGGCGAGGUGGCAUGCCCGGUCAACAGAAUCAGCAACAGCCCGUCCCCCUCAUGCAACAACAGAUGGUCCCACGUGGACGGAUGUACCGUUACCCACCUGGACGCAAUGUCGGUGAAGUUCCAAUGGGUUCCAUUCCGUACGACAUCGGAAACGGAAUGCCACUUCGUGAGGCCGGAAUGGCACAGCCGAUUCCGAUCGGUGCUUUGGCUUCUGCUCUUGCAAAUGCUUCUCCAACGGAACAAAGAACUAUGUUGGGGGAGAGUUUGUACCCGUUGGUGGAACAGGUGGAGGGAGAGUCGGCUGCUAAGGUGACAGGGAUGCUGCUGGAGAUGGAUCAGACGGAGGUGCUUCAUCUGUUGGAGUCUCCGGAAGCUUUGAAGGCAAAGGUGGCUGAGGCUAUGGAUGUUUUGAGGAAUGUGGGUGGUCAUGGUCAGGCUGGAGUUGGAAGCCCUGCUGAUCAGCUUGCUGCUUUGUCCUUGAAUGACGGCAUUGUUUCUUAAACUAAUCUGAUGUCUGAGGUUUUGAGACUUUAGAGAUUUAUGUUUGGAUUUUUAUUAUUCGGUUUUUGGUUGUUUGACUUGAGUGAGUUGUUAGGAGUUUCUUUUGACUAUUUAAUACUUAUGUGUGGUUGAAUUUUGA